AUGAAAAACGAUAACUUCACGACUGUUGUGCGGUGGAACGGUUUUGUAGUGGAACCAGCAUAUGACACGUUACAUCAUAAAUUAUUCUUUGUCCGUAGCUUAAUGAAUGCAAAAGGAUACGCUACGUUUUUCAAUAUGGACAGCAAUUUGAAUGAUUCUACAUUAGAAUCUUAUAACUUAGUUAGAAUACAUUUCAACGGAUUCCAGUAUUUCCUGAUUUUGCGGCAAACAUUGACGAAAGAGAAUUUUCAAAUUUAA